AUGCGGCACGCGCUCGCCGCGCUCGCGGCCUGCUGCGUGGUGGCGCGCGCUGAGCUGCCAUCUGCGCGCCUCGCCCCGCGCAACUACACCCCCCAACAUGUUCUCCAGUGCUCUGAUGGCCUUAUCCUGCCCGCAUGGCGACCUCUUGAGGAUGUACCCACCGCUGACAUCGCCUUGCGUGGCAUGGUCUACUUCUUUUCUCUCUUAUACCUAUUUAUCGGGGUAUCUAUCGUCUCUGAUCGAUUUAUGGCCGCGAUCGAAGUCAUCACGUCAAGGGAAAAAGAGGUGCGCGUGCGACGCAAUGGCAUCGAACAAAUCGUUGUCGUUAGAGUAUGGAAUGAAACUGUCGCCAACUUGACCCUAAUGGCUUUAGGAUCGAGUGCACCUGAGAUCCUUCUAUCCGUCAUAGAAAUUGCUGGGAAAAACUUUGAAGCUGGUGAAUUAGGGCCGGGAACCAUCGUCGGCUCUGCUGCUUACAAUUUAUUUGUAAUAAUAGCUAUAUGUGUAUCAGUUAUACCUGACGGGGAAGUGCGCAAAAUAAAACACCUAAGAGUCUUUCUUGUAACGGCUACGUGGUCAGUUUUUGCUUAUGUAUGGCUCUAUCUUAUCCUGGCUGUUAUAUCACCUAGUGAAGUUGAGGUUUGGGAAGGAGCUGUAACCUUUUUGUUUUUCCCCGCCACGGUCAUAACAGCAUAUAUCGCAGAUCGACGCCUUUUAGUAUAUAAAUAUCUUAAAAAAGGAUAUCGGGUGAACGAAAGAGGGGUGAUAGUGGAAACUGAAGGUGAUGGAUCAGUUGAAAUGGCUUUGAAACCAAGCGGCGAUGACUUUGCUAUAGAUGACGAAGAAGGGAGGGAAUUAGAAAAGUCAAGAAAAGAAUAUGUAUCAGUUCUUCGAGAGUUAAGAAGACAACAUCCAGAAGAAGAUUUAGAGACGGUAGAACGCAUGGCUUUGGAGACUUUGAUGUCUCGAGGUCCAAAAUCACGAGCCUUUUAUAGAGUCGCUGCAACUAGAAAAAUGACUGGCGGGGGCGAUUUCUCUCGUAAGAUAUCAGAGAGAGCUCAAAGUGAUCUGAGCGAAGUAAAAGCAGAAUUACAACGGCGAGAAUCCAGUUCACCUUCAAUUGAGCGUAAAGGACCGAAUGUCCGUUUUGAGCCCGAUCACUAUACAGUAAUGGAAAAUUGUGGGUCCUUCGAAGUAAGAGUGAUACGUUCUGGAGAUCUUAAUGGAGAAAUCACUGUCCAGUAUACCACUGAAGAUGGGACCGCCGAAGCUGGUUCCGAUUACGUUGCCACAAAUGGCUCUUUAAUUUUCGGACAUGGAGAAAAUGAGAAGACAUUUACCGUUCAAGUAAUAGAUGAUGAUGUUUUCGAAGAAGACGAGCAUUUCUAUGUAAGAUUGAGUUCUCCAAAAGGAGCAUCGUUGGCUUCCCCGUCAACUGCCACUGUGGUAAUAUUAGACGAUGACCAUUCUGGUGUAUUCUCAUUUCCCCAAAGGGAUUACGAGUUAACCGAGUCAGUUGGUACUUUUGAUCUGCGCGUUGUGAGAACAGCUGGCGCAAGAGGGAAGGUGCGGGUGCCGUAUUGGACGGAGGAUGGGACUGCGAAGAGUGGUUCGCAGUACGAGAUUGCUGAUGGCCAUAUUAUUUUCGAGAACAACGAAACUGAAAAAUUCAUUCCUCUUCAUAUCGUAGAAGAGGACAGUUACGAGAAGGACGUGUUAUUCUACGUGAAUCUUGGGGAACCAGAGCUGCUUGGAGAAGUUUUUGAGACAUUCCUGCCUGAUGUAUCCGCUACGGUUUCAGUACAAUUUUCGCCAGAUGACGAUAAUCCGGUGAUACCUGGUGGCAAUGAAGUCAACCACUUGGCGACAUUACCUGAAGAAGAAGCUGUUGUGGCUAUGAUGGGACUUCCCCGAGCUGGUGAAAUAACCAGAGCACAACUAAGGAUCAAAGAGAGCAAAGAGUUUAAGAAUACAGUCGACAAAUUGGUGCAAAGGGCAAACGCAUCCAUUAUAAUAGGAACGUCGUCGUGGAAAGAACAGUUCACAGAAGCGUUAACUGCCAGUUCAGGUUCAGACGAUCCAGAUGAGCCUCCAUCUUGUUUCGAUUAUGUAUUGCACGUUGUCACCUUAUUUUGGAAAAUCAUAUUUGCUUUCGUCCCUCCCACUGAUAUUGGUGGCGGAUAUCUUUGCUUUGUCGUAUCAAUUAUCUGCAUUGGACUGGUGACCGCUGUUAUAGGCGACGUGGCUUCACAUUUUGGAUGUACCCUGGGCAUCAAAGACUCCGUUACGGCCAUCGUUUUUGUGGCAUUAGGAACUAGUAUACCAGAUACCUUUGCAAGUAAAGUGGCUGCGAUCCAAGAUAAAUACGCGGACGCAUCUGUCGGCAAUGUCACCGGAUCCAACGCUGUCAAUGUAUUCCUGGGCAUCGGAGUAGCAUGGACAGUGGCUGCCAUCGUCCAUUGGAGCAGAAAUGAGAAGUUCCUGGUCGACCCUGGCAACCUCGCGUUCAGCGUGACGAUGUACUGUUCUGAAGCCGCAUUCGCUGUCUUAGUUCUGGUGUUGAGGAGACGGAAGUCAAUUGGAGGCGAACUCGGGGGCCCACGUGGUGUUAAAAUCAUCACUUCCAUAUUCUUCUUCUCCCUCUGGCUUUUAUAUCUCACUAUGUCUAGUUUAGAAGCCUACGGGGUCAUCGAAGGAUUUUAA